AUGAAAUGGUAAGAAAGAAAACGCUAUAAAUAUGGAGGCAGGAGGAAGCAGAAAGCUUAUGCCAAAACCAAGCCAGGUUAGAAGGGGUAAGGUAAGAAGGUUGCAUCGCUCUCAUCCCCAAAACCACUUACUACCACCACCAUCCACCCUCUUGGCUUGGUUUAUUGGCUUCGCUACAUGGCCAAAGGCCGCAAGCUCACUACCGCGCGAAGCGACCGCUUCCUCGCUGCCACAACCACCUACUCCCACGCCUCCACCGCCUCCGAAACUUCCGAGUUCCGGGAAGAGGACAUCUGGUCCUCGUCGGAGGAUCGUGACCGCCACCUCACUCUCUCACAUGACGACUGGGAGCCACGCGCCUCUCCCCGCCGCAGGGAGGACCACUCGCACCACCGCCACGUGGGAGGUCUCUCCCUCGCGUUCGAGGACCCCAAGGCCGGGACAAAUAAUGGCGCCAUGACUGCUACCUCCUCCUCGAGGAUCGUGCACCAGUACCGCGCGCAGCACGACGCCGUUUCUUCGCGUCGGGGUCGCCACGUGGCGGCGUCUGCGCCAGUGAACGUGCCGGAUUGGAGCAAGAUACUCCGAGUGGAUUCGGUGGAAUCGCUGCACGAGAUGAAAGAUGGUUUUGACGACGAAGACGACGACGACGGCGAUUCUGAGAUGGUUCCACCGCACGAGUACUUGGCGCGCAGCCGGAAGAUGGCGGCGAACUCUGUUUUUGAAGGAGUGGGUCGCACGUUAAAGGGCCGCGACAUGCGGCGGUAUUCUCAUUGUCUACCUAUCGUAAAUUACUUCAAGAAUCUCUUUGAAGAUCAUAACGAAGCCGGCAUCGUGCUUGAUAUGGAGAAGACUUAUCCCCCGUUAGCAGAGGAAAUUUCCAAGAGGAUAUAUGACCAGUCUAAUGUUGAGGAAAGAAGGCAAUCUUCAACAUUGGAUUAUUAA